UCAGUUUAUAACGCAUGUGGUUCGACAGCGCAGUUUAGGCGCCAUUUACAAGUUGGACUUCUGCUAGUCGACGAGCCGCUCGACAUGUUACCGAUUUGAAUUUUAUGGAUUAUUUUUCGCCCAUUUUUCAUCCGCCACUAUUUUUCCCAAGCAACAUUUGAACCAGGGAAGCGACCUUUGACAAAGAUUUUGCCGAAGUGACCCCCUCCUAAACCCCCCCUCCCUCAGACUUCAAAUCAUGCCAUCUAAAAGUGUAAAGAGCUCCACUGCGGCCGCCGCCUCCAAGUCAGUAGGAGGAAAGGGGUCGCAGCCUCGGGAUGAUUCCGAGGACGAGCUGGACGUAACCCCCCGAGGAAGCCGCUCCGAUGGCCAGGGACAGGAGGCACCAGCAGCGACGCCGACAACUGAUCCGCCUGUCGGGGAGGCGGCGGAGGCGGUUGAUAGUCGCCCUUUGGAGGAGAUUCUCGGUAGCAUCCCUCCACCCCCGCCCCCAACCAUGACCAAUGAGCCAGGCGCUCCUCGCCUCAUGAUAACGCAUUUAGUCAAUCGCAACUUCAAGUCGUACGCAGGCGAGCAGAUUCUGGGGCCCUUUCACAAGCGCUUUUCCUGCAUCAUUGGUCCGAAUGGAAGUGGCAAGUCCAAUGUGAUCGACUCCAUGCUAUUUGUGUUUGGAUACAGAGCUCAAAAGAUCCGAUCGAAAAAGCUGUCGGUGCUUAUCCACAGUUCUGAUCAGCACAAAGAUGUGCAAAGUUGUACCGUGGAGGUGCAUUUUCAAAAGAUUAUUGAUAAGGAAGGAGAUGACUACGAAGUCAUGCCCAACAGCAAGUUCUAUGUUUCCAGGAGUGCCAGCAAGGACAAUUCUUCUGCCUACUAUAUCAAUGGCAAAAAAGCUAUGUUCAGAGAAGUGGGCGCUUUGCUACGAAGCCACGGCAUCGACUUGGACCAUAAUAGAUUUCUCAUCCUACAGGGUGAGGUGGAGCAAAUUGCCAUGAUGAAGCCCAAAGGUCAGACGGAGCAUGACGAGGGAAUGCUGGAGUACCUGGAGGACAUUAUCGGCUCGUGUCGCCUCAAGGAGCCCAUCCAAACGCUGGCCCGCAGAAUUGAACUGCUUAAUGAACAGAGAGGAGAGAAGCUCAACCGAGUCAAGCUGGUGGAGAAGGAGAAAAAUGCUCUGGAAGGAGAAAGGAACAAAGCUGUGGAGUUUCUCACUUUGGAAAAUGACAUCUUCAAACUCAAGAGUCGCCUUUAUCAAUAUAAUGUUCAUGAUCUCCAAAAGCAUGUGGUAGCCAAAGAGCAGGAAAAGCAGAAGAUCUUGGAGGACAACAAGGAACUGACAGAAAAAACUGCCAAGAUAUCGCAAGAGAUGGAGAAAAUGAAUCAAGAGCUGAAAAACGCGGAGAAGAAACAGAACAAGAUCAACAAGUACAUUGAGACCCAGAAGGAGACGUUCACCCAGCUGGACUUGCAGGAUGUCGAAGUGCGCGAGAAGAUCAAACACUCCAAAAGCAAGAAGAACAAGUUGCAGAAGCAGCUGGAGAAGGAUAAAGAAAAGCUGGAAGAGGUGCGCGGCGUACCCGCCAAUAGCGAAAAGGCCAUCGCGGAGGCGACCGCUCGCAAGGAAGAGCUGGAGAAGCAGAAGGGGAAAGAGGAGGAGAAACUCAAUGAGGUGAUGGAGAGUCUAAAAGAAGAGACGAGCGGCUUGCAGCAGGACAAAGAGACCAAAGAGAAAGAGCUGAUGGAGCUGAGCAAAGGUGUGAACGAGACGCGCUCUCGCAUGGACCUGGGGCAGUCGGAGCUCGACAUCUACCUGAGCCGCCACAACACUGCCGUGACGCAGCUCAACUCCGCCAAGCAGACUCUCCAGACCACCACGGACACGCUACGGGAGCGCCGCGCCGCCAUUAAGGAACUGGAAGUCAACAUACCGCAGCGGGAGAAAGAACUCAAGAAGGAUGAGGGAGAGCUGGAGCGGGUGACCAAGAUGGAUCACGAAACCCAUCAGGUUGUGAGGGAAAUGAGGCAGAAGGUGGACGAGGCCAAGAGCUCUCUGUCCUCCAAUCGCAGUCGAGGGAAGGUCCUGGACGCUCUCAUGCAGCAGAAGAGGAGUGGCAGCAUUCCCGGUAUCCUCGGAAGGCUGGGAGACCUGGGAGCCAUCGACGCAAAGUACGACGUGGCCAUCUCCUCCAGUUGCGGGGCUCUGGAUCACAUUUUGGUGGACACCAUCGACACGGCUCAGAAAUGCGUCACCUUUCUCAAAGAGCAGAACAUCGGCGUGGCCACCUUCAUUGGUCUCGACAAGAUGAAAGUGUGGGAAAAUAACAUGGGCAAGAUCCAUACCCCGGAGGGUUGCCCACGUCUCUUUGACGUGGUGAGAGUGAAUGACCCCAGCGUGCGCCCGGCCUUUUAUUUCGCCCUGAGGGACACCCUGGUGGCCCAGGACAUGGAGCAGGCCACGAGGAUGGCCUUCACGAAAGACAAACGCUGGAGAGUGGUCACCCUCAAGGGCCAGAUCAUCGAGAUGGCCGGAACAAUGACUGGAGGAGGCAGAGUCAUGAAGGGCAGGAUGGGCUCCUCUCUCAACACUGAAGUCUCCCAGGUGGAGGUAUGCGCAAAGUACCAAAAGCCGUGA